CAUGACACAAUGUCUAGGGGUAUAAAAAAAGAGAACCACUCCUUCCAAGCCUAGUCCACGCCCGGUGGUCGCCGUUUAGAUUCCAAGCUAAACACACAGUCAAGGGUGUAAGGAUGGCGACGUUGCUGGAAUCGGCUGGUACUGAGUCUAUAUGUAAUAGCAAUUCAAUGCUACCCUCUGAAGCCUCCAGUCUUUCGCACCGAUUUGUUGACAACAAAUUUUAUCUGCUCGCGGUUAUUGGAGAAAUUGUUUCAGAAGACCAUUUGAAGUGUGCCAUUGCAGAUAUUGAAAAGGGAAUCCGGACAUGGGACACUAAUCUGAUUGACUGCAACUUGGACCAAGAACUCAAACUUUUUGUGUCCCGCCACUCUGCAAGGUUUUCUCCAGAUGUACGAGGUCAAAGGAUCCUGCACCACAAAAGCAAUGUUUUGGAGACGGUGGUGCUUAUUAAUCCAUCCGACGAGGCAGUCUCCACUGAGGUUCGGUUGAUGGUCUCAGAUACUGCCAGGCACAAAUUGCUGGUACUUUCAGGGCAAUGUUUCGAAAACACAGGGGAGCUCAUUCUUCAGUCUGGGUCCUUCUCAUUCCCGGAUUUCAUCGACAUCUUCACCGAUCAAGAGAUUGGGGAAUUACUCAGCAACACACAUCCAGCAAACAAGGCAAACCUAACCUUGUUCUGCCCUGAAGAAGGUGACUGGAAGAACUCAAACCUGGACAAACACAACCUCCAAGACUUCAUAAACAUGAAGCUGAACUCUGCGGUCAUACUGCCCGAAAUGGAGGGUCUCUCUGAGUUCGCGGAGUACCUGGCCGAGUCCGUGGAGAUCCCGUCGCCCUUCGACAUGCUGGAGCCCCCGACCUCCGGGGGGUUUCUGAAGCUGUCGAAGCCCUGCUGCUACAUCUUCCCGGGGGGGCGUGGAGACUCCGCCCUCUUCGCCGUCAACGGGUUCAACAUGCUGAUCAACGGGGGCUCGGAUCGCAAGUCCUGCUUCUGGAAGCUGGUCCGACAUCUGGACAGGGUGGACUCCAUAUUGCUGACCCACAUUGGUGAUGACAACCUGCCGGGGAUCAACAGCGUGCUUCAGCGGAAAAUAGCGGAACUGGAGGAGGAUCAGUCGCAGUGCUCCACGGCUAACAGUGAGGUGGUGAAAAAUCUCAUAUCCCCCGAUCUGGGGGUUGUGUUUCUGAACGUCCCUGAAGACCUCAAAAACCCAGAGCCGAACUACAGGGUGCGAAGGACCAUCGAGGAGGUGUCUCACACAUUGCAGUACCUAAACAAGCUGUCCUUAAAACCUGAGCCUCUUUAUAGGCCUGCUAAAAACUCUACAGAGCCUAUCAUAUUAUUCCAGAAAAUGGGUGUCGGGAAGUUAGAGAUGUAUGUGCUAAACCCAACUAAAAACAGUAAAGAGCUCAACUACUUUAUGAAACAGUGGACUGGUAGUGAGAAAGAUUGCGCUUCUCUGUUGCUUCCCAAUGGAAAGAAGUCUGAGAUGCCAUUAAGUUACCUGACCUCUGUUUCAUCACUGAUAGUGUGGCAUCCUGCCAACCCUUCUGAAAAGAUAGUACGAGUCCUGUUCCCCGGCAAUGCCGCACAACAUAAUAUACUAGAGGGUCUGGAAAAGCUCAAGCAUUUAGACUUCUUGAAAUAUCCUGUGGUCACUCAGAAAGAGCUGUUGUCCAAUGUGGCACCAGCACUGAAGCAAGCAAAACUGAAGCACAAAACAGAUAGUAAAGAAAGUCUGAAGUCAGCUUCAAAGCUAUCGUCCACCCAAACAUCUAAGACAGAAGCAAAGGAACAGACUCCAAAGAAAGCAAAAACAGAUGAAUCCAAAGCAACCCAGGAAAAGACUAAGAAAUUUGAGAGGAAAGAGCAAAUUCUGGUGAAAAAGGAGAAAUCACAGACAACAGAUAGUGAAGUCAAGGCAAAAUCAGAUCAGACAUCUAAAAAUGCAACCCCAGAGAAAAAGAAACUAGAGCCUAAACAAAAAAUAAAAACACCCAAGGAACAAGUGUCAAAAAAAGAUAUCAAGGUAAGUGAAAGGAAUAAAGAGGGAAAUGAAGUCAAAAAGGAAUCUGUGAAGAAGGAUGAGAAGUUAGUCUCGAAGAAAGAAGAAAAGGCUAAAAAGGAGGAAAAGGUAAAAAAGGAAGAAACUAAGAAAGAGUUCAAAAAAGAAAUGAAAAGGGAUACAAGGAAAGAUUCUCCAGUGAAGGAGAUCAAGAAGGAAGAGAAGAAAGAACUUAAGAAAGAGGAAAUUGAGCUCAAGAGAGAUGUGAAGAAGCUCUCUAAGGACUCAAAGAAAUCUGCAGCGCCUGCAGGGGACGCCAAAAAACCUGUGCCAAAACCUAAACUGCAAAAAAAAGAAGACGCAUCGAAGAAGAGUGCAGGGAGCCCUGCAAAAAUGAAAGAGAAAGGCAAAGUCAAGAGUACCAAUAAAAAGGAAAGCAAGCCGAGCGAAGACAAGCUCGGCACUGCCACGGCUGGAGUAGCGGCCUGCAUGGCUGCAGCCGCCGGCAUCGCAGAGGCUCUCGAGUCCGAGAGGUCUCUGAUGUCUUCUCCGGAAGACCUCACCAAGGAUUUCGAGGAGCUGAAGGAGCACAAAGCUGUGCCGGACGAGAAAAAAAAGGACGGCGAUUUGCCGGUCAUAAUGUGUCACGACGAGACCGCGUCCCCGAAAAAAUCCCCGGAAGCGGACGAGCACGCGGAAUCGCUGGACGAGGGAAUAACCACGACCGAGCCCGAAGGCGAGUCCGGCGGGACCCCGGAUGAGCCCGAGAGCAAGGGAAAAAUCAGCGGUGACGCCAACGAGAAAUUUGAGGACGAGGGCACUGGGCUGGAGGAGUCCUCGGAAGCCGGGGACUACGAAGAGAAAGGCGAGAGCGACCAGGACGACGAGCGAGAAUAUCUCGUGGGGAAGAAAGGCACACAGUAUUCAGGCAGCUAUGGCGAGGGCAAAGGAAAUGGAAACGAAGCCCCUCGUUCUCCCGUAGCUUCCGUUCGCAACGAAAGACUUCCGGCUGGCGCUGAAAGUGAACCUUCAUCAGAUGAAGAAAACUGCAAUAAACCCUUGGAAGAAUAUACAGUACGGUCCGGUCUCCCUCAACUUGCCACUAAUAUUUCUACCAGCGCGUCAGCACCAGUGGAGCAUGUGCCAAAACCAAGGGGCUUUAAAAGUGAUGAAUCUGUGUCCCCUUCACAGGUGUUUGUGAUGGGUAGUUAUGAUAGAGUAAGACCAUCUUCCCUUCCUGAUAGCCCAACCUCUGACCAUUCAAAGAGUGAUGUCACUGAAGGAAGGGACUAUCACCCUUCAGCCUCAACAAUAUCUCCAGCAUCAUCGCUGGAGGAGGACCGUUAUUGCAAGCAGUUUGCUGAUGAAACUGCAACUCCUGAAGAGAAGACAGUUCGGCAUAACUUACCCUUGGGGAUUUCAGAGAAAAUGACUGCUAAUUCGACAAAACUUAGCCCAGCUCCUCUCUCACCACUCAUAAAGACCCCUACAAGCGACUGUAGCGUUAACUCCGACUUGACACCGACUGCUGUCGCGGCACCGGUUGAUUCACAGUCUGACAGUACGGGCUACGCGUCGUAUCACGAUUCGCCUGCAGAUGAAAAAGCAAGCAGGGAACCUUCUGAGGCUCCCGGAAAAUCCCAAGGCGAUGUCAAAGUAGGAGCUGCAGGUGUGAAAAGGGAAAAGUCAGAGGGAUCAAUCAAAACCACAAGGGAUCUCUCGCCUGUGGAUUCCAGCUUGCUUGGGGCACUUAAAGAGGACAGUAAAAUGUCCAUUUCAGAAGGAACCACGUCUGACAAGUCAGCCACACCAGUUGAUGAGGCUGUGGCAGAGGACACGUAUUCCCAUAUAGCUUCUGCCUCAACUGCCUCUCUUGCCACUAGUUCCCUCCCAGAGCCGACGGCAGAUGAUGUCUCCCCGUCUUUGCAUGCCGAGGUCGGCUCCCCUCAGUCAACAGAAGUGGAUGACUCCCUCUCUGUGUCCGUGGUCCAGACUCCAACCACCUUCCAGGAAACUGAGAUGUCGCCAUCCAGGGACGAGUGCCCCAGGCCGAUGUCAAUUUCUCCAGAUUACUCACCCAAAACAGCGAAAUCCAACACGCCUCAGCAGGAGCCCCGGUCUCCAGAGCAGGCCACCAUGUCCGUUGAAUUUGGCCAGGAUUCUCCCGAUCACUCCCUGGCCCUAGACUUCAGCAAGCAGUCUCCAGAGCAUCCUGCACUUGGCGGCAAUUUUCACGUUGCCGAGAAUGGCCCCACCGAGGUGGACUGCAGCCCGCCGGGAACUGCGGGCUCGGCAUUUUCAAGGGGCAGCUUGCCAACGGCAGAGAAACCGAUGCUCUUCAAAGAAGCUGAUUCAACUAACGCGGCUUCAGUCUCUCCCUCCGAUGGCUCUACCCCAUCCGUUAACACGCCCUCACAGACAGCCUCUCCAGUGAAGGCAGAUCCGCUUGUUAAAGCUACAGCCCCCAGAGAAAUGUCACCAGGCGCAUCACUGCUAUCCGAAAGUUCCCAGAACAUUGAGUCACUUCGGUACACAAAGUCUUCACAGAUUGAGUACAGCUCCUACCAAAGGCUGACGGAAGGGACCCAGAAAAGCGCUUGCGUCUCUGGGGUUCCAAGCGACUCUAAAACGUGUCUCUCGCCGCAGUCUCGAAGCAAUGUAGAUUUAUGCCUGGUCAGCUCGUGUGAGUACCGCCACCCUAAAACAGAACUUUCUCCGUCGUUCAUAAACCCGAACCCACUGGAGUACUUCGCCAAUGAAGCAAACGCCCUAGAAGAGGAAAGGCCUUUGGCCAAGUCUGGGGGAAGGCCUCCUCCGUCCGGUGGGAAGCAACACAUGAAACAGUGUGAGGAAACUCCAGCGACCUCCACCAGCGAAUCUGCCCCCUCCCAGACCGAUUCGGACGUUCCCCCAGGGACGGAGGAAUGCCCCUCCAUCACGGCCGACGCGAACAUCGACUCGGACGACGACUCUGAAACCCUCCCGACAGACAGAACCAUAACGCACAGGCACGUUGAUCCCCCUCCAGCCCCAAUGAGAGACUCCACUCCUUCCCCGCCGCGCCCUGACGUCUGCAUGGUUGACCCAGAAGCUGCGCCAGUCACCGAAAGUCUAGAAAACACCCCCAAGAAAGAGGCGAGUGACCAGACCCCCAAGAAAAAGCAAGAAAGCAAGACCAAGUCCUCCACGGCAGCAGUGAAAACUAGCACUCCUAAAAAGAAGGACCCAUCUGCGUCCAAGUCAAGUGGCAAGUCUGAUGUGAAAGAGGGUGGGGGUAAAGAUGCUAAAAAUGCCACUAAUACCUAUGCUUCGAGGGGCCCAAAAAGUGCAACAGGGUCAGGCAGUGGUAUAGCAGCCGGGGGAGGCAGCGUACCUAACUGCCCCCCCGUAUACCUGGACCUGGUUUACAUCCCGAACCACUGCAACGCCAAGAAUGUCGACGCCGAAUUCUUCAAGUGCGUGAGGUCGUCUUACUACGUCGUCAGCGGCAACGAUCUGGCGGCUGAGGAACCUAGCAGAGCUGUGCUAGACUCCCUCCUGGAGGGGAAGUCCAAGUGGGGCAACAACAUGCAGGUCACUCUCAUCCCGACCCACGACUCAGAGGUCAUGAGGGAGUGGUACCAGGAGACCCACGAGAAGCAGCAGAACCUCAACAUCACGGUCCUGGCCAGCAGCAGCACGGUGGUCAUGCAGGAUGAGUGCUUCCCUGCCUGCAAGAUUGAGCUGUGAUCCCCCUGACACCCACACCCACACCCACAACCACAAUCACAGCCACACCCACACCUACAGCCACUCCCACAGCCACACCCACAACUAUAGCCACACCCACAACCACACCCACAGUCACACCCACACCUACAGCCACUCCCACAGCCACACCCACACCCACAACCACAGCCAAAGCCGCACCCACACCCACAGUCACACCCUCAGCAACACCCACAGCCUCCAAGCUCAAGUUCCUUCUGAAACUGUCAGUUUAAAAAAAUAAUAAUAAAUUAAAUAGAUUGAUAAAAUAAUACAACAUUAAUUUGCUGGAUUAAUUUGUUGUAGACUAUGCCAAAAGAACGUUCCGUUUUAAAAAGGCAUGUAACCUGUGAUCUGAACCCAUCUAGAUAAUGGAACAGUUCCUGAAGCGGUUUCUAUCUCGCUAAAUUAUGUGGGGGCCUACUGCCAAAACAGACGGGGCCUUUUAAGAAAUACAGGAACAGUGCAACUCCCCAUUGUAAGGUGUGUCUGAAGACACAGAAUUGUAUGAUUGUACUUGUGUAUUGACUCCAGUUUGCUCAAGGCCAAAAUUAAUUGAUUAUGCGGACCACAUAUUUAAGGCAUGCUCCCAGUGAAGAUGGCACCAUCGCAACUAGUUUUCACCGUAGUGUCGCAGUGUCAUUGUUUUCUUAGGAAACCUGCAUGCCAUGGGUCCUAAUUAAUAUGGGAAUAAAUUAUCCUCAAUUUCGGCUUUUACCCUGAAGCGUACACCAAAGGAUAAAAAGGAGUAUAGAUUUGAAAUGCCUUAGAAAGUGACUUGAAUGUAAAAGAGGUGCACUCGCUUUUCCGUGUGAAAGCGCUUGAGAAAGCUUUGAGAAUGAAAAUGGGAGGACAGCAAAAUUGUCCCAUCGCCUGCUGCGUAAAGGAAUUUGUGAUUGGACGUUAGUUUGAUUGGACAUUGAGUUUGUUUAUUAUGUGUGUACCUCUGUAAUCCAGCUUGGAGAACUCCUUGACUGAUCCUAUGCAGAACUCCAGCAAACAAAUGUUGACAGGGAAUACACCAGUGAUCUUCACUCCUGGUCCUGGCAGGCCACAGGGUCUGCUGGUUUUUGUUUCCACCUUAAUAUUAGACCUUAACCAAUUAAGACCCAAUAAACUCAUGAGAUGAGUUAAUUGUGUAAUCGACUGCUUUAAUUGAUUAAGUGCAGAGUAACAGCAAAAACCAGCAAACACUGUGGCCCAGCAGGACCAGGAAUGGAGAUAACUGGAAUACACAAUAGUCACUGUAACAAUUGUUUUGUUACUUACAGGCUAGAAUAUGAAGUGUGGCUUUGAUUCAACUUUUGUCUUCAUCUUUGAAGUGUGAGUUAACCAAACCCAGAUUGCAGAGUUCAGCAAUAACCAAAAUGAUCUUGCCAAACUGUUUCUGAGGACAAAUGCGUUUGUUAGAAAAUCAAAGUUCAGGACAAAUGUUGAUUUAAUCACAGUCUAUAUCCCUGGAAAUAAUACGCUGUAGAAUUAGUGUCAUCCUGUAAUUUUCAUUUUAAUAUAGUCAUUUAGCUUUGAUUGGGUUCAUGAGUUAAGGGACGUUUGGGCACCUAUUUUACCAGUAUGCGAGAAAUCAAACUGUUUCAAAGCUGAGUUAUUUUCCCAACUAAUUAUUUUUAAGCACUGGCAAGAACCACUACAUGUGUGAGUAUCUUCCAUUUUAGAUACCAAUGCUUUGGUAUAUUAUGAAGUUAUAAAGUGAUCUAUUUAGAGGUGAAUAGAACUUGUGGAAGCAUAAAGAAAUUGCAAUAUUGCUUCACAGCAUUUCAUUGCCCGUGUCAAAUAGGAACAUUAUUCAAUUUGUCACAUUUUCUUACGAAUUUAAUAAUUUUAGAGUUUGUGUGAGUUUUCUGGCCUUUCACUUUCUCUGGUGUGCUUUCUCUGGAAUAUGGGAGACUUUGGAAGAGCUGGAUUUUAGUACUUUUGAAUUUUUGAAUUCCAUGACUAUUUAAAUAAAUAAUUUAAAUUAAAUAAUAUAGCUGUCACUUGUCACUCAGCCCUUUUAGUUUCCAAAAUGCCUUAACCCCAGUGAGGAAUUAUUUGUCAGCCUAUUUAAAGGUGUUCUAAAAGCUGAAACCACUUUCUUCUUCUACAGUUUUGUGCUCAAUGUCAGAAACGCGUUACAAUAUUUACUUUUAUUUGUUGAUGGCGUGUGAGCGAGGGUAUAUUGACUUUAAAGUAUUUUGUAGAACCAAAUUAAUUGAACAAUAUCAUUUCAAUACUGUGAAAAUUUUAAAUGGACUUUGUGUUUCUACAACUGUUCUUUGCAAAGGGCCAUAUUCAAUUUUGAUUCUGGUGCAAUUUUUUGGUUUGUAAAAUUUUCAGAAAGAUUUUAAAUUAGUUUUUUUUUUUUUUUUUAAACUGUACUGUAAUUACUUGACACCCCUGUGGUAGGGUGAAUGAUUUAGAGAAAUAUGCAUGUGUUAUGUAAUAUAUCAGAUUUUUCUUUUUUCAAGAGGGAGAAUUACAUCAGCAAGCUCAAGCGAAAGCCCAUUAGGUGAUAUGAAAGACAUCAAUCAAGCACCAGGCAUUCAAAUACCCACAGAGUGUUGGCCCUUGCAGAGAUUUUUAAUGUGAUGCACCAUGUAUGGAAAAAAAAAAUGGUGGUCACAUUUAAAGGAAAACAAUGCUUAAAUGUUUGUUGAGGCUUAGUGGCAGAACUCGCAUUUUACCCACCUUACCUGGUGAUGUGUCGCGCACUUCAGUAUUUGUGCAUUGCAUCGCUUAUGAUAGGCUUGUCAGGUUUACAUAAAGACAAUUAAGGCGAUGCUGAAGCAUGAGGUGGAUGAGCAAAGAGUGUUGCAGAGCCAUGGCAAUGCCAACCUUUUGAUACACGACAAUCUUUCACUUCCAGAAAUAUUUUUAAAUGCGAAUCCCAGGGUAAUAUAUUCCACUCGAGAACAAACCUAGCAGUUGUAACAAAUCGACCUCCUCCAGCAGUCGACAGUACAUGUUGUAUUUUCACGAUACUGUGGCUUUGCAGCUACCCCCUGCAUGAACAUCCUUGCUAAUCAGCGCAAAUGGACUUACAGUAAGACAACAGUCUGGCCUUUUCCUCUUAAAAUCACCUCACGUUAUCCCCUCUCUUCUUGAGUAAAUGUUAAUGUCCGUCCGCAGCUGUGUACAGUGUCAUGUAGUCUUGCAUCCUCCCUGGCCUUUUUUAACCAGAUCCAAGGCAGGGAUUAGUUUUAAGUGAAUAUAUUGGCAUAGUGCUUUUCUGAUGUGUGUGCAAAAAAACCUUCCUGAAAUCUUCUUCCUGAGGCAUUUGAUGUUAUGGGAAAGACUAUUAAAAGAAUACAAUCUGCUGUA